AUGAGGCGUGCCAAAAGGUUGAAACAUGAUCAACUUAUUUCUCCAUCGCCGCGGUACGAUGGUGAGUCCGUUGACCCAAUUAUAGCAUUCCGGCGAGAGAUGGUAAGAGUUCGUUUGUCUCGAGGAUGCAGAAGAUCCAUCCAUCAUGCGGCUUUCCUCUCCCUUUGCCGUGGAAAAGCAAGCACUCAGUCAAAUUGUAUGAACCCGUCUAUGUCGGCCGCCUAUCGAGAUCCCCCUUUUGCCCUGGAGGACAAUACGGAUAAUCGCAGUAGGCAAACACCGUCCGUGACUACCCAGUCUCUCGGUUCCGGUUCCCUCGUUUUUUCCUCUUCCUCUUUAAGACGCUGCAAACACACCUGGGGGAUGCGCAAACCAGAUACCCGGGAUCGAACAGAAAGCUCACACACCCUUUCUAAACACGAUACUAGGGCACCUAAGCUGCCUCGCUACUGUAAUCAACCCGAAAAAUCAAAUGGCAAGGGAGAAGGUAUCAUCAGUUGUAAUGGAAACGACUCAAGUAAGGAUAUUCGAGCUCUUCUCGACUCAUUCCUCACUCCCCAGACAGCCAACCUCUUGGCUCCCCAGUGUGCCAGUUGCCAGUUUACCCCCAUCGAAACCACUGCUUCCACGCCCUCCUCGGGUUCGGCCCACCGUCGACAUCAUCACCAUGUCCAUCACUGCCUUGAACGAAAAGACUGA